AACGAUCACGGCGCGUACCUAUUAUAAUAGUAGGGGUCACGAUCGCGUUCGUCGGCUCCGGCGCAGAACACCACCAGAGCACCAGCCAUCCGAAGUCCAAGCCGGUCGUUGACUCCUCCGCGUGCGCGUUACUCUUGUCAAAAACACACGUCGUCGUCGUCGCCGCAAAGUUCCUGCGAAAAAUUUGAAAAAUAAAAAUAAAAACACCCGUACCGUUGUUGGACGUGCGCGUGUGCACCGCGACGACAAUCCGCCGCGGGGCCGCAAAACGGAAAACACGCGCGCGCGCGACCACAUACGACAACCGCGCGUAGCGCAGUAGCAGUUGGUCGUCCACCUCGCGCGUAUACACGGGACAUGACCGCUAUAGUAGCUGUCGUCCAGCCUGACCGCUCGUAACCUCUCGUUACAAACGCCGCCGAUACAGCAGCUGAAGCAGCUACCGUCACCGGCGCACCGUCGUCACGUCGAGUCGAACGGACGCCAGCGAUCUCUGUCACCAUGACUGUCGCCGGCAAAGGAGUUCCUAGUCACCACCACCGGUCGUCGUCUUUCAAGUUAUUGCGUAUGGUUUUUGUUUUAUCCUUGUGCAAGUAUACGAGGGCUGAACUUUGUGGCGGCAAUGGUGAAUCGUUGAAAUACUUGCGGGGCGAUGCGCUCACCGAUAAUUUGGAUUGCAUCGGUCCCAAUGGUAAACCUUAUCCUGAGUCGAUAGUAGCCGGCACUUAUAGGCGCACCCACAACUGGGGAUCAUCAAGGACAGGGCGUGAUGCUUUUCACGCAGACUCAAAACCCAGUCCCGAAACUGUACGAGAAACACUGCUCAAAACAUAUAAAAUUAAUAAUCACAACGAAGAUUACACUAUCAGUAGAACUGCUCGAGAAUAUGGAUCAACACCAGCCAAUCGUGAACUGUGUCAAACGCCGAACAGGCUGUGCCGUACCAGAUACAAUACGACUGCACCCAUGUACGGUGUGUCGCUGACGUCUGGCCAACCUGUGACUAUCGUUCAAAAAUUCCCGGAUCUAUUACAACAAGUUGUUUACGAAGUUUGCGAAUCAAAUGAGUGUGACAUGGUCAGAGGGGAGUGUACACAAACGUACGUACCAUACUUGUUCCUGGUAAUACCUUUGGGACCGGUGACGCUGACCGGCCAGGAUUACGUUCUCGUGGAAAGUGGAUGUGUAUGCAAACCAAAGGGCUCCAGGUCCACCUCACACGAAUUGGUAUCUACUAUUCCGGCAAUGCCUCGUCCUUAGAGUGCGUUUAUAGAUACAUAUGACCGCUGCAGAUGUUUAAACGUCAUCGUAUACCUACAUAAUAUAGAAGAAAAUACACCUCGCCGUUUAUACUAUAUUUGUCUAUAUUUAUAUCAUAUCAUAUUAUUGUCGUGUACAAUAUAGUCCAUAUUAUUGUAUAUUAUAUUAUAUACAAUACUAAAAUGUCGUAUUAUAUUACUAUAUAUGGGUACUAUUCAAUAAGUUCAUGAGAAUCGUUUAAAAAAAACGAAUGCCUCGUUAACUCCAUGACGUAACACACCUCUACUUAUAAUAUGUUUUUCGUCUCUAUCUGAUUAUUGUUUAGGUACCCAUAUACACGUAUACGCGUGUACUUUUACGUUUACGCGUGAAUAUGAGUAGGUACAGUAGCGUCACGCAUUUUUUAUUUUUAUUAUUGGGGCCAACAUUGAAGUUAUAUCCACCCGCAUCCAUCCCUGAAAACUUAACACCAAUAUACAUGACUAGGAUUAUGUAAUAGAAAGUCUGCCCACUCACCUAAAAAAAUAUAUGCAAGGGGCAACUCUGCAAUAUACCCCUCGGAAAUAAGAAUUCUCAUGACGCAACUGUAUAUUGUACAUAUGUUUGGUAUAUUUUAUUAUUAUAAUGAUGAUAUAAAUUACAUGAUUUUUAUUUAUAUAAUAUAAUGCUCAACUUAUGUAUUGGCGCCAAAAAUGUUUAAUUUAUUACGCGUAUACAAAAUAGAUUUUGUGUAAUACUGUGUUUGUCGUAGGUACUGUAAGUGAUUAUUUUACAUUAACAGCUGGAAAGCGGUUUUUAAUUUAUUUAUGUGAUACUGUAUUAACUCAUUUAAUGUGUAAAAUAAUAAGUUAGUUUAGUUAAUAAUAUUAAGAUAAAUAAUCUUAAAUUUAAAUUAAUAUUUUUUACCAAAGUAUAUCUUGUAUUAUAGAGAAAAUAUAUUAUUAACAUUUCAACUGACCAAGAAAUCAGAUUCAAUUACCUACAUUAUAAUAAUAUGAUUACAUGAUACACAUUUUUUUUAAGAAUUGUAAAACUCUAGUGGUAAAGUAGGUACCUUAUAAAAAUAUAAAAGUAGUAGUAUAUUAUAUAACUGUACACUAUUAUAAAGGCAAUAAAUACUUAAAGAGAUUGACAAUUAUACACAGUAUACACUAUACCUAGGCAUAUUUAUAAUGUAGAUUGUAGGUACACGUACACGCUCAAUAAUCUGAAGAAAUAGACAUGGCCUACAAUAAUGUCUUACAUGAGCAUUUUAUUGCAUUUUAUUGCAUUUAUAUAAUUUGUAUAUGUAUAUAAAAGUAGUUAAUUCGAUAGUAAAUAAAAAUGUACAGUAGGUGCUUUUUGUCAUUUAUUAUUAAUGAAUUAUAUAUAAGUAUUUAUAUGUAAGCAGAUAAAAAAUAAAAUUAUGCUUGAUAAAA